CAAACUAAUCAAUGAAUCGCGAAUGUUGUGUCAAGUUGAGUUGUGUUGUGAAUUGUGAUUUGAUACAGUGGUCUUUGUAUAUAAGACGUAAAAUAUUAAAGAAAAUAUAUUUUCCUUCAUUUUUGAAUAUCAAUUCAGAGCAAUGUCGAAGGGUUUGAUUGUGUUGAUGGCCUGCGGGAGCUUCAGUCCCCCCACAUACAUGCAUUUGAGGAUGUUCGAGAUUGCGAGGGAUUACAUCCAUUCACUUGGUUUGGGGACUGUUGUCGGAGGCAUAGUGUCCCCUGUGCAUGACGCGUACGGUAAAAAGGAUUUAGUCGCAGCGCAACACAGGAUAGCCAUGUUGAAACUGGCGCUGCGUUCGUCGGGGUGGAUCAAGAUCUCAGAGUGGGAGACGCAGCGGUCCGGCUGGACGAGGACUCGAGUGUCCUUACAGUACCACCAGGACAUGAUCAACAGUCACAUGAACGCCCUGGAGCCAGAUCCGCCGUCAUGGCUGCCGGACGACGUGCUCAAUGUGAACAGCAUCGACGAGCCGGACUCGUUCGCCGGUGUCAAUGGCAACCAGGACCAGCCGGUCACCAUCAAGCUGCUGUGCGGUGCUGAUCUGCUGGAGUCCUUCGCUACGCCUGGACUAUGGUCUGAUGAUGACUUAGAGACGAUAGUGGGUCAUCAUGGCUUAGUGGUGGUGACGCGCGCCGGCAGCGACCCGGGCCGGUUCAUACACGAGUCGGACCUACUUUAUAAACAUAGAAAAAACAUAAUGCUAGUGACGAACUACAUCGCGAACGAGGUGAGCUCGACGGUGAUCCGGCGCCUCGUGCGGCGCGGCGAGAGCGCCAAGUACCUCACCGACGACGCCGUGCUCGCCUACCUGCGCGCGCACCGCCUCUACGGCGCCGCGCCCGCCCCGCCCGCCCCGCCCACGUCAAGAGCCCGCAAGUCCAACUUCCUGAUGCCCAGCCACACCGACAGCGUCAGCCCCGUCAAUCAAAUCAAGCCGAAGUUAGCGUAUGUCGAUAAAGUCCCGUCGAACUACGUGCCCGGGAAGGCGGUGAAAAUCGUCAGUGACGUCACGCAGCACGCUAUCAAAGACGAUAAGGUAAGUUUUGCCGAAACAACCUAUUGCCCUUUAGACAGUUAUCUGCAGAAGGACGAUAUCGACUACGAUCUCUAUCGGCGUAGGGUUAGCGAAGGGAAUGUCGAUAUGCAACCAGAGAAUCCGAUGAAGAAGCGAUGCUCCUCGACUAUUAGGAAGUUGAGGCCUGAGGAAAUGAAGAAGAGUAAGUCCGAAGUCAGUAAACUGUGCGAUAAAGUGAAAAGUAUUAAACUGAAGGACACCAGUAAGAAUUACAAGACUCGUAGCUGCAACGACAUUGUCCGGCUGAUUCUGACCAAGCAUGGCAUUCAUGUUAUUAGCGAUACGGAGGCCAUCGUCUGAAUAUUGGCGAGCGGUGACACGAGAGAGAAAUUCAUUUUUUAGUGCUGUGACAAAAUUUGUUCAAUUUAAAUUGUAGAUAAUUGAAAAGUUCUGUCUUCUUAUUCUUUGUGUCUACACACAAUUAUUUAUUUCACAGUUGAAUACUGCCUCUGAGGUUUAAAAUAAUAAUUUUAUAACUGUUUUCAUAUAUAUUACUUUAUUCUAAAAUAUCUUUAGCUUCCACUAUGUAUUUUCUUUUGCUUAAACCUGGCCUUUAUAUCAUAACGUUAAAGACUUAACGAGAGAUUAUUAAAAUAAUAUAUAUUUAUAUUCAAUUUUUACAACAUGCAAAAAAAAUGUGAAACAAAUAUCAUUGUUCCUAUACAAUUAUACUGUCAAUUGCGAAAUAUAAAUAUCGAAAAUAAUUUAAAAAUAAAAAAUAAAUUCGCAUAUAAAAUAAUGGCAUUAAUCUCAAAAUUUGUAUACAUAUUGAGUUGAUAUAAUAUAUAAAAUGUUGAUAGUUAAGCUAAAUAAUUCUAGUCACUCAAAUGAUUUAUUAAUUUCGAAUAUUGAAAUAGGAAUAGCAGUACAAUGUUACCUGGGACUAGCAGUACAAUGUUCUUUUUUUGAUAAAUUCUUGAUUUUCAUUUUUAAUUUCCUCAGGGAAAAUUACUUUUAUAUAUGUCUUUCAUAUUGUAUAAAAAAAUCUGAAAUUAAUUGCUUUAAAUUUUAAAAUUGACUAUAAACUAACCCCUUUAUUAUAGUACUUUUGUAUAUAUUUACAAUAUUGAACUUCUAUGUCAUUAAGGUUGUUUUGUUUGGGAUCAAAAGUGGAUAAAUUCAGGGCCAAUUUAUAAAAAAUAUUAAACUACAUAAUGUCUUAUCGCACAAAAUGUAGGAUUAAUUCAUAAAAUCAUACGGGAUAAAACAAAGGCCUAGUUUUUGUCUAUGUCUAGAAUCUUGAGGAUUAUCUUUUUAGUAACUUAUCUGUCGUGCGAGUUAAUGUCAUGAUAAAAAUAAAACUAUAAAUUAAAAAAAUAGUUAGGUCUUAAUCUAUUUGUGCCAAAUUUCAUAGAGUUACAAAUAACAGCUUAUGCCUUGUUUCAAAACAUCCAUGACCAAAGCAUAGAAACAUCUUUACGAAAAUCAUAUUUAAUAUGUUAGUAGGUUGUAUAAUUCUCCACCCAGUUUUUAUAUUAGUAGCGUAUUCGUUUCCGUUAUAUUUAUGCCCAAUACUUCUUAAAAUACUUUGAUUUUUAUUGUUCAGUUAAUAGACUAAAUUUUUCUAACCUACCUGUGGUAGUGGUACCUAACCAAAUUUUUGGAUUUUCCCACUUUUGAUUCUACGCGAAAUAAAAUCCUUUUUAUAUUUGUAACUUCUUGUACCCCUUUUAUAUCAAUUUAGCGUAAUCAUAAUAUAUACUUCUUGUAGUUAUAACGAUUGUCAACGUAACUUCGAUUGGCUAAGUAUAAAAAUGUAGAAAGAAAUAUAUUAAAUUGUCAACGAUAAAUCAAAAUGUUUAACCACAGUAUAUAAAUUCAUUAGUCUAGAUUCCGUUUGCAGUGAGAUAUAGGCGGUACCCAAGUUGCUUUUCAUUAAAAAUGUAAAUCGAUUUGACUUUAAUUUGGGGUAAUUAGAUCAGGAUUUUUUUGUUAAUAUCAAAUUUGAUAUGAAUUUUUAUACCGUGUACAACCAACAUAAUAUGUAGCAUUGGAUAACAAAAUAUAAGGCAAAUUAAAACAUCAGGCAAGUAUCCAAUCUAUAUUCGGGGUUCUAAACUUGAUUUGCUAUUUGUUAUUGAAAAAUUGCUUAUUGUCGUAACGCCCCCAACUAUCCCCCACUGGAUACCUGCCUGUAAAACUAAAUAUAAACUUCAUAACAAGCCACAAAUGCCUACACACUUAUAUAAUUAUUAUAAUCCAAAUGUUUGGUAGAAUCGACUUAAGAAUUUAAUUACGAAUUUUCUAGUAUUUACUAUCGAAAAUAUUCCUAAUAGCACAAUAAUUAGAACAUGUUUACUCAUCAUGUUAAAGUAGUUUGUGUGUUUUUUUCUGAUUAGUAUAUUGAUGUUGAUUAUUUUCCGUCUUCCAAAUUCCUUCUAAAUCAUUGUUAUACUUUAAUUGUUAAAAGUAAGUAAAAUUUUACCUCUAUGUACUGCCCUGGUGUAAGAAUAAAAACUUAUUUGGGUUUUAUUGUGCUUGAUUUAGAUGUUAAAUACGGAUCUGUCUUUUUAAAUAUAUUUUUUAUUGUUUAAACGAAGUUAAGUUUGUCUUCUUUUAUAAUGUGACAAAAUUACAAAUUCUUACUAAAAAAAAACUAUAUUAAUUAACUUCUAAACUCAAAGUUUAGUCUACUUGUAUGUUAUUUUUUUUUCUCUAAAUAAUAAUUUUCUUUUUACUCGACUUCUACGCCAAAUUGGAACAGAUCAAAGUAUGCUAAGCUGUGUGAUGUAUUUUGUGUGCCAACUCUUUUUCUGUGGUUUGUAGUUUAUAUUAUAAGCGUGUUACUAAUAAUAAAUUCUAUAAUUGUUGACUUG